CAACGUGAAGCUCAAACUGAUCUCCGGUCUCCAUUUUGAAAGAAAAAAAACGCAUCAGUCGUCAGGGGCGUGGAGAGGUUGUGUUUUAAAGGGACCAAGAUAAGUUUAUUAAAAAUAAAUUUGUUUAUUUUAUGCUUUGAGAAAGCGUGUAUACACGUCUGUUUGCUUCGGUAAGAUGGGAAACUGCCACACCGUUGGACCAAACGAGGCCCUGGUGGUUUCAGGUGGCUGCUGUGGGUCGGAUCAGAAGACAUAUGUCGUGGGAGGCUGGGCUUGGGCCUGGUGGCUCAUUUCUGACAUCCAGAGGAUAACGCUUGAGAUUAUGACCCUGCAGCCCAAGUGUGAGGAUGUAGAGACAGCGGAGGGUGUAGCUAUUACUGUCACUGGGGUGGCUCAGGUGAAGGUGAUGACAGAGAACGAACUGCUGGGUUACGCCUGUGAGCAGUUCCUGGGCAAGUCGGUGGUUGAGAUCAAGAGCGUUAUCCUGCAGACGCUGGAGGGUCAUCUGCGCGCUAUCCUUGGUACCCUCACUGUGGAACAGAUUUACCAGGACAGAGACAAGUUUGCAUCUCUGGUGCGAGAGGUAGCGGCCCCUGAUGUGGGACGCAUGGGCAUCGAGAUCCUCAGCUUCACCAUCAAAGAUGUUUAUGAUAAGGUGGAGUACCUGAGCUCUCUGGGUAAAACACAGACAGCUGCAGUUCAGAGGGAUGCUGACAUCGGAGUGGCAGAGGCGGAGAGAGAUGCUGGCAUCAGAGAGGCUGAGUGUAAGAAGGAAAUGAUGGAUGUGAAGUUCAUCGCUGACACAAAGAUGGCCGACUCCAAACGAGAGCUGGAGAUGCAGAAAGCCUCCUUCAACCAGGAAGUGAACACAAAGAAAGCAGAGGCUCAGCUGGCUUAUGAGCUGCAGGCAGCCAAAGAGCAGCAGAAGAUCCGUCUAGAGGAGAUAGAAAUCGAGGUGGUGCAAAGGAAGAAGCAGAUCACGAUUGAGGAGAAGGAGAUCGACCGAACUGAGAAGGAGCUCAUUGCCACCGUGAAAAGACCCGCUGAGGCUGAAGCCUACAAGAUGCAGCAGCUGGCUGAGGGCCAGAAGAUGAAGAAGGUGCUGACUGCUCAAGCUGAAGCUGAGAAGAUCCGCUGUAUCGGUGAAGCUGAGGCUGCUUCUAUUGAAGCGGUGGGGAAGGCUGAAGCUGAAAAGAUGAGGCUGAAAGCUGAAGCCUACCAGCAGUAUGGAGAGGCAGCCAAGACUGCUCUGGUACUGGACGCUCUACCCAAGAUUGCUGGUAAAGUCGCCGCUCCGCUGGCUAAGACCAAUGAGAUUGUGAUCCUGAGUGGUGAAGGCAGCCGUGUGACAGGAGAGGUGAACCGUCUACUUGCUGAACUCCCCGUCUCUGUCAACGCCCUCACUGGAGUGGAUCUGACCAAGAUCCCUCUGCUCCAGAAGAUGACCUCCCCACAGUACCAAACGGCGAUGUCAUAGAUGACACAAUCAGGCCUAGACUGGUUCCUGCCUCAUGCAUGAAGAGAUUUUCCUACCAGAGAGCUCUUGUGCAACUGCCUUUAACCACAAACACUUGAUCUCAGCCAGAACGGUUCUUUUUUAUUUUUGUCUAUUAAAGACGUUUUUUCUCUUUGAAGGAGAAACCGGACCCAAAAUGUUCACCCUUACUUCUGUUUAGUUAAUUUUUAUUGUGCUGCACUAAUCAGCCAAGAUUUUCUGCUGUGAUGUUAUUCAGUCCAACACGUCCACCAAAGCAGAGCUGAAAUACAGAAUCCAGACAGAUUAAUUAAAUCUGAGCAUAACGGAGGUGUAGAUUAGCUCCUGGAGUUUAGAGAGCAUCACCUACCUGCCAGGUGGUGUCAGAUUUCUGCAGAAAGGGUUUUCUUGCUUGUAAACUUGAUUCCUCAAACAUAUUUAGUCACAUUUAUAACUAAAAUAGAUUUUGUUAUAUAAUCUCAGAUUAUAAAACUUGUAGUAUAUGAUGUUUGAAUCACUUGUGUGAUGGUUACCUCUCAGUAAGCUGUUUUCUUGUUCUGGAGCCUGAACCUCCGCGCAGGUUGGGUGCUGGAUUUGUGUCUGAAUAUCGUUCUUUUAGCUGUAUGGUUAAAUGGUUCCUCUGCUUUCCGUAAUGAGUUUCUGCUCAGUGAACACAAAGCCUUACCUAGCCUUAAAGCAGACCCUGGAUCUGUUCCAGGGCAGCUGAAUCUGUGUGUGUGUGCGUGUGUGUGUGUGUGUGAGACCUCAGACAGAACUGAAAUCAUUUUGUUUCUCCAUCACAUGUUUCCACAUCAUCGGAUGAUUCAUUUGAAAUCCUCUGCAGCAGAAAAACACGUUUGUGGGUUUCGAGUCAUCUUUAUUUUGCCCUUUUAUCAGACCAUGAUGGCAAAGCAGAAGUGCAGUCAGCAGUUGGGAAACUAGCAUGUGAUCCUUUUAAUGGGUUUUAUGGUCAGUUCAGUUGGGUGGACAGGAAGUGUGUGUGUGUGUGUGUGAGCGCUGACUGAUUUUCUGCUGCAGUAAACAAACAUCCAGUCCCACAAGCUUAAUUAUUUCCAGUUGUUUUCCAGCCUUUUGGUUUGUGUUAUUAGAUGGAAAAUGUUCAAAAGGCUGUUUGUUUUAGCAGCAUUGGUGGUAAAAAUCUAAAUGUCAUUUUUGUGUUUAUAGUUUGUUGUUCAUCCAGCUUACUGUGAAGUGUAGGCUUUUUUAAUUUUUGUUUUUUACACAUCUGAUCGUCCACACGGAUACUUUUAACCACUUCCAGCGUCUGUGACCGUACAUGUUUUGUUACAUUUCACAAACAUGUUUUAUUUCACAGAAAAUGUUAAUAAAACCGUUUUCUCACUUUGAUGGACCAGAGCAACGUUCCAGGUGGGUUUUGUCUUUAGAUAUCCUUCCAUUUAUUUUUUUAAGUUUUAUGUGUUUCACAUAUUUGUCUGUCGGCCAGUGUGAUCUAAACGUUCAGAAGAGUCCCGAUUAGUUUCAGAUGAUAUCAGAUGUCAGAAAUGAAACCAGAUUAUUGCAUCAGACAACGGUUUACGUAAAACAACAAAAGUGACCCUAUACCAGAAUUAGAUUAGCUCAUGUUCUUUUACUCACAAGUUGCAUGGUCAAAGUCUUCAUGUGUUAAAUAGUGAAAGUAGAGUUUUUGAGCAGGAUGAGUUUACGGUUUGUACUUUUAGUCAUAUUCUCAGUGCCUUUGUUCAUACGUCACUGUGCAGACCCUCUUGUAGAUUUUGUGAAUUAUCAAAAAUGAUUACAUGCGAAGUUAAAGGGUUUAUUUAUCUUCAAACUUGAUUUUUAUUUCUCUUUGGCCAUUAUCAGUGUGCCAAAGAAUAAAAACUCUAUAACGAAUCAUUUUAUGCAGAGCAGAUCUCAAAGUAGCUAUAGAAAAACCCACCAAACACUUUGAACCCAUGCCUUAAAUUUUAGUCCCUGAAGCAUGUGCAGCUGUUGUCUUAACAGAUUUAAUCUGGUAAGAUUUUAUUGAGAAGUAAUACUGUGGCUUGUGUUGUAAUAGCGGGUGUUAGAGAUGUGAUGCAGUGUUGUAAAUCAAGCAUGUGUUCAUGUUAUUCAUGUGUUCGUGUCACUAAUAAAUGUAAUAAUAAAACA